AACGUUGCGGUAAUCCGGUUCAGACGUGACAAGUGCGGCCGACUGAACCUGAACUCAGUCCUAAAUUUCUGCCCCACAGGCUCCCAAAACUCCAGUAUCCCCCACAGCAACACCACCGAGCUGCACGCGUGUGAACAAUACAAUGGUGGACUGAUAUGUGUCGCGACGAGAGGCUUUCUCACAGCGGGGGAAUUGUUCCUUUGUAAGCUAGUUUGGUCCGUUAGUAGUGAUGUUGUGCACGGGGCUGGAUGAGCAGCGAGUAGCCUGACGCGUCUUCUCCACAGGCCGGGACGAGCCUUUCAGCCGAGCCCGGAGGACCAGGACACCCAGAUGAGAGCGAGGAAAGCCUCCCGGAGCUUGUGGUAACAGCCGGGUACUCGGGUACUGCUAGCCUGCCCCAAACUGCCUCACCAAUUCCUGUUGAAAGUGAGACCCAGACAGCCUUCACGGUGGAAACGAGAAGAAGAGCAAAGCUUACACAUGAGUGUUUGGAUAUUUACUGUGCUCCAGAUGAAUGCUGUGCGGGGGGGCACAGUCACCUGGCGUCCCCAGCCGUGGCAGGAUGGGGACGGAGGAGGAGGAGAGCCUCUGUCAGACAGCGACUCAGAGGAGGAGGACUUCCCUGAUGACAGCACCACACCGUUGGGAGACUACAUCACACAUGGACUGAAGCAGCUCCUGGAUGCUCAGCAGCUGUGUGAUGUCACUCUGCUUGUUGAGGGAAAGAAGUUCAUGUGUCACAGAGUCCUCUUAGCAGCCGUGAGCCCGUACUUUAGGGCUAUGUUCACCAGCCCUCUGGUAGAGUCCCGCCUCACCGAGAUCCGACUGGAGGAGGUGACGCCGUCUGUCAUGGAGACUGUCAUCCAGUUUGUGUACACCGGUGAGGCGGGGCUCUCUCUGGACACAGCUGAGGAUCUGUUUGUGGCCGCCAACCGGCUCCAGGUCAUGCCCCUUCAAGACCUGUGCUCAAGGUUUCUAUUCGAGCACCUCUCAGUGGAUAACUGCCUGGGGAUGUACUCUCUAGCUCGCUCUCACCAUGAUCAGCUGCUGCUGCGCGCCUCCCUGCGGCUCGUAGCCCAGCACUUUCCCCGGGUGGCACGGCAGAAAGACUUCCUCCUGCUUGACCACGGCACCUUAGGCAGCCUCCUGAGCUCUGACCGUCUGGGGGUGGACUCCGAAGCGGAGGUUUACGACGCAGCGCGCCGCUGGGCAGAGCACCAACCUUUGGAUCGCUAUGUCCACAUGCCGGCGCUGCUCCACCACCUGCGGCCGGGGCUGCUGUCUCAGGAAGAGAGCCGAAGACUGUGCCAGGAGUUGGGGCCGGCUGCGGCUGGUGAGGGCCUCGGGGGGCCUCUGAGACCACGGGAGGGCAUGUUUGAGAAAAAGAUUGUCUGUGUGGACCUGACGCCUCGGGAAGAUGAGAAUUUAGCUGCAAGAGACUACACAGUGGACUGCUUUGACCCUCGGACAGGGAAGUGGGAGAAGUUAGCAGCGCUGGGUUCUCUGGUCAGUCCCGGCUGUACGGCUGUAGGAGACCGGCUGUUUGUAGCGGGUGGGAUCUUGCGGACAGGUUCUGUGUCUGCAGCUGUGCAUGAAUAUGAUGCAGUGUUAGACCGCUGGGUAGAGCGGCCUUCUAUGGUCCAGCCUCGGGCUAUGCUCGGCCUUCUGGGCUGUGGAGAGUCACUCUUUGCCCUGGGUGGUAGUAACCGCUCAGCUCUGCUGGACUCCAGUGAGACCCUGGAGCUGACUACACUUCAGUGGACUGCGGGACCUCGGUUACCGCUCCCUCUGCGCGCCUUCGCCUGCGCAGCGUUACGUGGACGGCUUUACCUUCUGGGUGGAACCACACUUGAACAGAACCGGGCUGUGGUUCACUCGGGGGUGCUUAUUUAUCACACCCUUACAGACUGCUGGACCCGUGUGGCUCUGGACUCCGGCGCCACUUGUCUCGCCGGAGGAGUAGCAGUGCGAGGAGGAGUCUGUGCCAUCGGGGGAUACAUGAGGGAUACCACCAAGUUCCUGGAUGGAAACUACACCAAUCUGGAGACUUUAGACGCCACUGGGCGUGUGCUGUUUUUCAGAGAGGGCAGGGGGUCUGGAGUAGAGAGGGAGGUGACUGGGGGAGGGGUGAUGGUCACCGCGGAGCAGCGGGGUGGUGCAGGUGGAGGAAGCGACCGAGCCCCAAGCCCUGUGGUAUUUCCUGGGCUGCCGCGGCGGAUCGCAGCGGGGGGUGUGGCGAGGUGGAAACGCAGGAUUUAUGUGCUGGGUGGGGAAAAUGGCUCACGGUUCUAUGACAGUGUGUACUGUUGGAAGCCUGGCUGGCGCAGCUGGGUCCAGAGACGGGAGAAACUUCCUGGAGACACUGGAGGGGUGAGCCAGUUUGGGUGUACCACUUUAAAGUUCCCGAAGAAACACAUCCUGUCCAGACUGAGACUAGCCAAAGAAAACUGCAAGAAGGCUGCUGACUAGCUCAAUUAGGGACCAGUACGACUGAAGUGGAGGCAGCCGUUAAUGUGACCCAGAGAUGAGCUCCAGGCUGAGUUUGAAUUAGCUCCCCUUGACCUCAUGAAAUAUUGGUGUUAAGAUGAAGUCACAAGGAAGAGACCAUUUUAUACAAUCUGAGUGCAGCCACAGAGUAGACCUACAACAGAUCGGAUGCAGACAGAUCUCAUGAAAUGUAGUAUGGAUAAUAAAUGUACAGGCAGGAAUCAUGUGGAGCCAGAAACUGAUUAGAAGUCAGGCAACAAGCACCUGAAUGUAACCUAAUCCACUAUUUGUCAGAACAGCAGUCCUUUGAGAGACAAAGAAGGGCCUUUUCAUUUUCUUAAAGUGUAAAAUUACUUUCAGCUUUUUGCUGGCGCCAUUUUUAAAGCUGUUUGGAUACCGUUUCAAUGCUGUGAAUUUUUCAGCAGUGUUUAGUUUAGACACAAGGACGCCAGCACAUAACACUGAUCAUGCUAUGUUCCACUUUGUUUGCAUCUUGUUUCUUCUCUAGCGUGGGCCUGCAGAGCUCUUUGAAACUGCAGUUCAGGGUUAUACAAAUAACCAUGACUGGAAACAUAUCAUAGGAAACACACAUUUUUCAUCAACCUUCUUGCACGUUGACAGUUUUUACUCAUACCAUCGGUUCCUUGUUUUUAAUCGACUGACAAAAUGGAAACUAAAGAUGUGUUUUGGCACAUUUAUGACCAAACACAGCAGCAGCACAGUUUGUGAAUUACAAGUCUGCGUUUUAAAAUGAACUGAAAGUUUAAUUAUUAACUCAUAAACCAGUGAAGAGGCGAAUGCCUGUUCUGUUUUUGACUCAUGUCUUGAAAAAGAAGAAGACAUUCUUUAUUGAUCCCAGAGGGGAAAAUCUUUUUUUUUCCACGGUGUUGUUAUUUUUACACAUUACCACACUGGCCCAAAAUACACACACACAUGCACAAACAAGCCCUUUAUUGAUCUCCCAUCUCAGUGUAGGACAUCAGUCACAUCCUCAGAACUGUAGACACCCUAUGCUGGUUUGUACAGCACAUCAAUAGCUCAUUUGUUGAGUUUAAUCUCUCACAACAUCAGACCCACAUCUUCCAUCUCAAAACACUGUCCAGUGUUGAACUCCUGCAAAGCUCUGUUUACUGGUGUCUUCACGCAGGCAGUCAGAUCCCUCCAACUGAUCCCAAAUAUGGCAGCCUGUGUGUUAAACACAGCAGAUAGUUGGUGCUUCUCAAAGUGAAGGAAGGAUCCUUAAAUGGCUGCAUUUAAAGGAGGCUAUAUUAUGAAAUCCUGCAGAGGGACUGCUCCAGUGUGAAGGGUCCUUCAAAUUCUACCGAGGAUCAAGUCCUUCCUUCAGAGAAUUUUCAAGGAUUCAUGUGUGUAUCCUCAGCAGGGAUGAAGUAUCCACAAUUGCUUGUGCACAAUUUACUGAAAUGAAGCAGCGCCUUUUCAGUGAUGCACACCUGGGCGCUCCCUAGCCUGUUCCAAUGUGUGUUCACCAAAUGCUAGGAAGGAGACUUGCCUAGCCUCUGUAGGACCUGACUUGGAAGGAUCUGUCCUACCAAGGAAGCAUCCUUGACUUUUAGAAGCACCCAGUGUCUCUUCACUAAGUAGGAACUAGGGGUAUGGGGAAAAAAUGACACAGCAUAGUAAUGCAAUAUUUUUGUGAGGCAAUAUCAUAUCAUUACAUGGCACACAACUGAGCAUGGUUUAAACACCACAGCCUACCUGAGUAUUGUUGCUGACCGUGUCCAUCCCUUUAUGACCACAG